AUGACUCGCGGCGAAACUGUCCAGACCAAGUGCCAUUACAAGGGCAACACUGAUGAUUUCAUCAUCUUCAUUGACGACGUCGAGACCUACAACAAGUGGAAGACGGACAAGAGUAUUCCCAUGGCUCACUUCAUCUCUUCCUUCAAGAUUUUCCUCACCAAUAAACAUGGUGCCCAGGGCCAACUCGAUGCGGCCCCCAAAAACAUUCUUGCGACCGAGUUUGAUACGGAAGAUGAGGAUGAGGUGAUUAAGAAGAUUCUUGAGAAGGGCAACAUACAGCAAUCAGAGAUGCCCGCGCGCCAGGGACCCAAGAAUGACUCCAUGAGCUCCAUGAACGCGAAGUAG